AGAGCAGAUCAAGAGGGUGAAGGACUCAGAUGAUGUUCCCAUGGUGCUGGUGGGGAAUAAGUGUGACCUGCCGGCGCGGACGGUGGAGACGCGGCAGGCGGAGGAGCGGGCGCGGGCCCGGGCCCGCAGCUACGGGAUCCCCUACAUAGAGACCUCGGCCAAAACCAGACAGGGCGUGGAGGAUGCCUUCUACACCCUGGUGCGGGAGAUCCGCCAGCACAAGCUGCGCAAGCUGAACCCCCCCGACGAGAGCGGCCCCGGCUGCAUGAACUGCAAGUGUGUCAUCGCCUGACCAGGCUGACUGGAGUGUCUGGGGAGGUUCCCACUGUGCAGAGCCCACGGAAAGAGGUGAAGCGAAGGAAGAAGCAAACGGAUUCCAGGGGAGGCGUGUAGGGGGAGGGGAGAGGAAGAGGAGGAGGAAGAGGACGGGGGAGCACGAGCCCCUCCAAGGACUAUCUCGCACUUCACCCAAGCCUGCGGCAAACGACUUUUUUGGUUUUUUUUUCUUCCCCCACCCCCUCCUCCUUUGGUCUCCUCCCACCCCGGCAACUGUACAAAGCCACAGAUCGAAUCACAGUAAAUUAUUAUUUGAUGGUCUCAACAAA